AAUGAUUAGUCAUCCAAUUCAUUUGGUUCGAAUUAGGACUAACUCAGGCCAUAUACUUCCCUUUUCUCUUGUCAGACAACCACAAUUUUCUACAAUACUACACCAACAACCAUCAUAUUUCCAGUCUAACUUUAUAACAUCAAAUUUAUGUAGGACGACGGAUGUUUCCACAUCAACAGACUGUGAAAUUGCUCAGGGAAAGAUUGAUAUCGGAGGCGUUGUACCUUAUAGUGUAGGAUCGGAUGAAAGAUGGCCACAUCCUGAUUACAUUUCCAUUGAAGAACAAAAGCGUCAAUGUAAUUUUGAAUUAAAAGCGGACGAAGAUUUAUUAAGAGAAUGUUGCGAAGAUGCCGAUGUUGAAUUUCUAUUGUUCGAAUUAAUAUGGAACCAUAUUAGGGAGGAUCGUGAAUUUAACGAAAUGCUAAUUCAUGAGAAAAUCUUGUAUUCUUAA